UUUAAUUUAUUGUGUGGCCCCCCAUGAACGGAACUCCACGGAACUUGGCAGAAUGAUCCUACACCUAUUUUGGCACCACUAUGUGCCACACGCACUCCACAACAUAGUCCACAACAAGCCAGGGCUGCUGAUAGGCCAAUCUAGCACCAGCACUCUCUGCGUAUACAGUCAUGCACUUAUAAUCAGAGUUGACAAAGUUGAUGGUGUCCAGCUGGGAAAUAAUUGUCUGGACAUUGUCUGGAGGACAGCAUGUGUUUCCACAAAACAGUGUGUGUCUUUCUGUGUUAAUAAAUGACUUGAUAGACCAUUGACAAACUUUGGCUUUUAACCCUAAUGCUGUUAGCAGCUUGGAUGGUCCUUUCCCUGUUGUUUUCACCCAAAACUAUUUGAAAUGUUGACUCGCUGGACCACUGAGCUACUGUCCUUCAGAGAUCCCCAGAGAAAGUGUUCUUCCCACUGUAGUAGCAUAACUUGCAUCUGCGGUGAUGAAUACCUUUGACUGGCAAUGGUUUUCUGAAGUAUUCCUAUGCCAUGAUGAUACCUAUUCCGAGAUACCCAAAACAAACACAAUAAGUGAUGCUUGGGAAUCUGACGUCGGAGAAGUGUUAUUGACCAAAUUUCUUGAACCUUUUAAAUGCAUUGUGCAGAACAGAGGCUGAAUAUAUUCAGCAGUUUAUAUUUAUUUGACUUAUUAUAUUAUAUUAUUUGUAAGGCAGUUUGGUCAUUCUGAAUGGGAAAGCUUGCAGGUGAUUUUUAAUCUUCAUAUAAGCAUUAUUUAUUUCAUUGUUUAUAUUUUCAUAGUUUAUAGUUAUUUCAGGAAAUAAGUGACGUGUACUGGGUUACAGUUGUUAAAAGUAAGACUGGAGGAAUCUGAAGGUGGCUACUGAUCCACACAAGUCACAUGCCCUGGAACCACACUAAUCCUGAGCUCCCAUUCAGCCGGAUAAGUCCUGAAACUGAAAGGGCACGACGUUUGAGGAAUGAAACCACAAGAAAAUAUGAAAUGCUUUUGCUUGGUUAUACAACCCACUGUUGCAUGUGUUAUGACAGUGCGUCUGGUUAAUAUAGUCUGAAUGAAGGGUCCUCAACUGAUAUUGUGUAUACAGGUAUGGUGAAGUCUAACAAGGCAUCAAUUUAAUGAUCUCAAUUGAUUGUACUUGAUACAAGCGUUUGCGUCAUUUUGAGCACUCUUAUAUGAACAGUAUAUGAAAAGGAAUGUCAGUGGUGUCACAUGCUGGACAAUGGAGCACUACAACAUAACACACAUGCUUUACCAAGUUGUUUCUGUUGUUUGUCUUCUUUGAGUGCUCUUCUAAAAUGAUCAUCCAGAGGGCUGUGAGGAGCACUUUGUUGCAUUAUGGCAAAAAGGGUGGAUGAGAGCUGUUACUGCAUCUUUAAGUAGAGUGCUAUGCCACCCCAGGAAUGUACACCACACCCACCCUUUGUGUAAUAUAGACACACCCACUCACUCUCUAGUAGACCAGUAGCCACAUGCUCUUUUGUCUAAGAGUGCAUUUAGUCAAUGUUUGUAAAUGCAUCAAGUCAUGAGUUUACCAUUGAUUUCUGCAUUAUAUUCCAUUUCAAUGCUGGUAGUUAGGCUGGAAAUAACACACCCAAUUUAUGACAGGAAACUGCACAUCCACAUUGGUGAGAAACCAUCUGCCAAUAUAGACAAAGCUGGAGAUAAGUGUAACGGGUUGAGGGAUGUGUGUUUGCUCAUCGGCUGAGCUACAGAUACUUUAUCUGCGCAUGUACUUGUGUGCUCAUGUUCUCUCCAGUGCAGGAGCUGGCCGACAGCCGAGGCACAGGGCACUGCUGGACAGUGAACUCUCUCACCUUGUCUCUACACAGGAACGUUGACCACUGCCAGUGAGCACAUGCUGUUAUAACUGCCAGCUUACAACAUUAAGAGGCACUCACAAUAUUUGCUCUUUCUAGCAAAACAGGUUCAGUUUAUGUUCUCUCAUAACAGUCAGCCUGGCGAGCCAAAAGCGCGCGCUCUCUAACAUGGUGACAAACCAUGCCACGGACAUAUCCUAGCUAUGCUGUCUGUGAGCUCCCAAAUACAUCUAGACUCUUAAAAAUAGGCUCAAGUACUUUCUCACUGAGGCUGCUGCGUCAGCACUGACGUCUCCUAGAUAAGCUACUGUGCAUUAGCAAAGGUGUGGCCCAGCUACCUGACUUUGCCACUGGCUGUGCACUACAGGUGUAACCUGCUCACCCCAUUCAUCCGGACAUAAUCUAGCAAACCAAGUAUUCUCUUCUGAGUGUGAGGGUGCCCUCACAGUCUGAAUUAAUUUGCAUGUUAGAAGAGCAGCAUCCUAAAUUACUCCUACCGACAUACAGAAAACUGUGUGCUUGCGCGCACACAUACACUCACAAUAGCGCAGACUGACCCACUUCUAGCCUGGGAAUAUAAGAAUGCUAAGGCAUUUAACAGACCAGGCUGCAAGGCUUUAGUGUGAUCACACAUUUUGUUGGAAUUUCUGGAAUGCUGAUUAUAAUUCAGGUUAUCCUUAACAUUUUAAAGUAGAUCAACUGUUAGUCGUUAAAACACAAUUCUUUGUCUCUACUCUUUAUUUCGUAGUUGUUCUUAACAAAAAGAGCCAUGUGGUUGUAAUAAAACUGGGACUCUUAAAAUAAAUGAGGAAUGUGUUUCUACAGGAACUGCAUAAGUGGAACACAUGACCAGAUUUCCUUAUGCCUUCUGGUGACCUGAUGGACUUGCUUGCCAGUGAUUUUUUUCUUUUCUUUUUUACAUCGGAGGACCAGUGUGGCCAGUGAUUUGCACCUGUUGCCAUGAACAGAUGUUUGGAACAAGGAACCUGUUUAUUGUGUACUUAUUUAAGACCUUGAUGCGAAGCUACUAAAGGAUCCAUAUUCACUCCAUGACCAAAUCAAAUAUGACUUCCGCAAGUCAUUAGAUCUGGACGAGGAGGGAUGUAUCCUCGACCCUAUGAAGAGAGCAGGCCUAAAGGAGUGUGGGUUCAACACCACAGCCAAGACCAUCUUUAUCAUACAUGGCUGGACGAUGAGUGGAAUAUUCGAGAGCUGGAUGCACAACCUGGUGGCAGCUGUGCAGCAGCGAGAGCCAGAAGCCAACGUGUUCGUCGUGGAAUGGUUGAACCUCGCCCAUCAGCUCUACCCUGAUGCUGUCAAUCACACGCGACGUGUGGGACUAAGCAUUGCAGACCUGCUUAACUGGCUCCAGGAGGAGGCAUCUAUGCCAUUGCAGAAUGUUCACCUGAUCGGUUAUAGCCUUGGGGCACAUGUUGCAGGCUAUGCAGGCACUUUUGUGAAGGGCACAGUUGGAAGGAUAACAGGCUUAGACCCAGCAGGACCCAUGUUUGAAGGAGCAGAGUCGCAUCGGCGCCUUUCUCCCGAUGACGCUGACUUUGUUGACGUCCUGCACACGUACACACGAGAAGCCCUGGGCGUCAGCAUUGGCAUCCAGCAGCCAAUAGGAGACAUCGACAUCUAUCCAAAUGGGGGAGACGUCCAACCAGGAUGCGCAUUGGGUGAUGUGGUGGCAUAUGCUGGUGGUGGUUUUCUGGAUGUGCUGAAGUGUGAGCACGAAAGAGCAGUGCACCUGUUUGUGGAUUCUCUGAUGAACAAGGAGCAUGUCAAUUAUGCGUACCAGUGCACUGACCCGGACCGCUUCAAGAAGGGCAUCUGCUUGAGCUGCCGCAAGAAUCGCUGCAAUAACAUGGGUUACAACGCCAAGACAAUGCGCAAGAGGAGGAACAGUAAGAUGUAUCUGAAGACCCGUGCCGACACACCCUUUGGAGGUUACCACUACCAGAUGAAGAUGCAUGUAUUCAACAGAAAGCACUCCGAUGAUGCUGACCCUACCUUCAAAAUCAAACUCUUAGGGGAGCACAACGAUACUUCAGACCUCUUUGUCAACUUACCAGACAAAGUGGGCCUGAACUUCACCAACACAUUCUUGGUGUUUGUUGAGGAAGAAAUUGGUGAGCUUCUGAAGAUCCAGCUAAGCUGGCAAGAUCCUGCAGAAUCUCUCUCAUCCUUAUGGAAAAACUUCUGGUCCUGGUCUAGUCAGUCGUCCAAUCAGGUGCUACAAGUUCGCCGGAUUCGUGUAAAACAUGGAGAGACUCAGAAAAAAUACACGUUCUGUCUCCAAGACUCUUCUGAGAAUGACAUCACACCAGGAAAGCAUCUGACCUUUGUGAAAUGUCGCGAUGGCUGGGAGGUGAAGCCAAGCAAAAGAUUCCACAUGUGAAAUGAAGGCACUUCACCUGGUCGUCUUAACUGGUACUGCUGCUACACCCAGAGCACUUUGUUGGGCUCACAGAGGACUGAGAAUUGGGCCUGAGAGUUUGAGGGAAGGGCUCGGGAUCUGGGAGAGACUCACCACACCACUCAUCUCUUGUGCAAAUGUGCACGGUUUUGCCCUGAGGGGUGGACUGGUGAUUGGCAUCAUUUUUCAUACUUGACCGCUCAACCUCUGAUCAGAAUUUACACGUCUUUGUGUACCAAAAGGUCAUACUAGAAUGGUCAUUAUUUUUGUAAGUGUUUAUUUAUAUUUAAAAAAAAAACAAAUGCACUGAAGUCAGGUUAAUUUAUGAACUUGAUGCACAGCCUUUAUGCAGGCACACAUUCAUUCUUUGCUUAAGGAGUGUUCAGUCACAGGCAGUGGAGCUCAGUAUUUUGAAGAAAGAGAAUGAAGUGUCUGAUAGGUCAGUCUUUUUGAGAAGUGUCAAUUGUUGUCUUGUAUUGUUGAAAUGUUAUGUAUUUGUGUAUAUAAUGUACAUAAUUUAAAAAAUAAACUCAUUUCUUGUACUUUG